AUGGAAGAAUAACAAUAGAUUUAUGAGGAACUUUGUAUAUCAAUAGUGGAAUCAGAGCAUAUAACAAAAAGCAUUAUGAAAUAAAUACUUCAUUAAAGUUCAUCAAUCAUUAUUAAUAAGCACAUAAACUCAAUCUUACCUUUGUUAGGAUAUAAUUGGUUUAGAGAGUAGGUUAUUGUUCUAAUGGAUAAAUAUAAUUUAAGAAAUGAUGAUUUUGAGGAAAAUGUAAUUGAAGACUCUGAACCUAUUGCUGUCAAUACUGAACAUUGGAGAAGAUGUUAAGGAUAAGUUAAAUAAGUUACAUCCAGAGAAAAUUCAAAUUCUCCCAUUAUUAAGAGAAGUGAUACUAAAAGAAUGUCUAAAUUAAUGACUAUUAAGACAUCUAGAUAAAGUGAAUGUUUUAAUUCAUAACUUAUUAAAAUGGGUGAAUUAGAAGAGGAAUAAGAAUUUGAUCCUAAUAUUGAAAGUAUUAGAUAGGCUAAACUUAGACAAAUAUCAAUUCAAUAAUAAAAAGAAUAGAAUGAUAAAAUUAAAAUACUUGAAGUUUAAGAGUAAGUUAAACAAUUGAAAAGAUUGAAUGUAGAUUCUAAAUCUAAAUAUACAUUUGAUUAUGAAGGUAAGGUUGUUGUUUAAAAACCUCCAGAUAUAGAGAAAUAUCCAAAAUCAUUUCAAAAUAUCAGUGAAAAAAGAAAUCUUGUAGAAGUCAGAGAUCUUAUACCGAAUCAUAAAAUGCAAUCUGAACUUAUAUAAUUAACUAGUAAGACUAAUUAAAAUAUUGGGACAAAUAAUUAAUUUGCUAUUAAAACAUCUGUUCCAUAAAUUGAUUUAAUUAUCAUGAAAGAAGGCGUUACUUUUUAUGAUGGAAAACAAGAAAAGAAAAAAGAUAGAGUCCUUCCCUUAAUGGAUAUUAAAGAUCCUGUUUAACUUUAAUAAACUUUAUAAAAAUAGAAUGUACAAAUGUCAAAAUUAGAAUAUCAAUUAAUUACUAGUACUUCAUCAAAUAAUAAUACUUUUUAAAAUAAAACUAUGAGUCUUUCCAAUUAUUAAUAAUAAUAAUAGAAUUAAUUGACUAAUAGAUCUUAAUAACAAAAUGAUAAUUUAUUAAAUAUGAAUGAUAGUCUUUUAAGUUAAAGAGUACCUAAAAAUAUUACAACAAUGAAUCAUUCUAUCUCAUCAUCAAUUUUAUAAAAAUUGAAUGGCUCUAUUUCUAUAUUAAGUGAAUAAUAACUUGAAGAAUUGAUUAUACCUUAAACUGAAGGAAAUAGAGAUCAAAAAGAUCAUCCUCUCUUUCUUAAGAAAAAAAAAACAGAAAUUGAAGUCAAACCCUCUAAAUCUGUUCCCACUCUUACAUUUGAACUACCAUAAAUUCCUUCAAAUAUUUUAUCUAAUACUUUAAGUAAACUACCUAAAACAUUUUCAAGUUAAGGUACUUUUCCUAAAUUAAUUCCUAAAUUUCCAAGACAAAGAAUAUCCAAGUAGGCUAUAUAAUUAAAAAUCGAAACAUGA